CAGAGUCCAUCCGAGAUCCAGAACCGCGCUGAACUGGUUCGAGUAGCGAGGUGUGAGGCAGGAGACGUGCGCAGUCGCGUGCCAAAAGAGAUCAGUGGGAGGGAAGCGAUCUUUGCGAUCAGCUGGAGCACCUCGCAAAAAUGUUCUUUCUGCAACGUUCUGUUUUACCCUCCUAUGGCAGGGGUGGAAUGGGCGCUUGGGCGCGCGCACUUCCACCUUCGCACCCUGCCGUCAAGGACAUUCAGCACAGAGAGAUUCACGAGGUCUCGGGAGACGUAGUACCAAUCAACAUGGUGAAGGGUAUAGGUCAUCUCCGAGAUCCCAGAUUGAACAAGGGGUUGGCCUUCACGUUGAAGGAAAGAAUCGCCCUUGGUAUCCACGGUCUCCAGCCUCCAAGAUUCAAAACUCAAGAAGAACAGCUUGCCCUGUGUAAGGCGUCGGUGAUGAAGUACACCGAGGAUUUGAACCGGUAUCUUUACUUGGUCGAGCUCCAGGAGAGAAACGAAAGGCUCUUCUUUCGUCUUCUCAGCGAAAACAUCGAGCAGAUGAUGCCCAUAGUCUACACACCAACCGUGGGACUUGCCUGUCAGAAAUUCGGUGUAAUUUACCGAAGACCCCGAGGUCUCUUCAUCACUUGCCACGACAAGGGUCACAUAUACGAGAUUCUCAACAACUGGCCGGAGCAAGCCGUUCGGGCGAUAUGCGUGACUGACGGUGAGCGAAUUCUGGGAUUGGGUGAUUUGGGUGCUUGCGGGAUGGGAAUUCCCGUAGGAAAAUUGGCUCUGUACACGGCGUUGGCCGGCAUAAAGCCACACCAAUGCUUACCGAUCACAAUCGACGUCGGGACAAACAACGAACAGCUUAGAAAUGAUCCGCACUAUAUCGGUCUCAACAAGCCCAGAUCACAAGGCGCCGAGUACGACGAACUGAUCGAUGAAUUCAUGGCUGCAUGCGUCAAGAAAUACGGACAAAAUGUCCUCAUCCAGUUUGAAGAUUUUGGAAACCACAAUGCCUUCCGUUUUCUGGACAAGUACAGGGAUAAGUACUGUACAUUCAACGAUGACAUUCAGGGAACCGCCGCAGUCGCGGUUGCUGGUAUUCUCGCAUCGAAAAGAAUCACCAAACGGAAAAUUCGUGAUAAUAAAUUCGUUUUCUUGGGUGCUGGCGAGGCAGCCAUCGGAAUCGCGGAUCUCUGCGUUAAGGCGAUGGAAGCUGACGGAUGUACCCAAGAAGAAGCGAGAGCCAACAUCUGGAUGAUGGAUAUCGACGGUCUCCUGGUGAAGAAUCGGCCCGUGGGAAACCUGGACGGUCACAAAGCCUGGUACGCUAAGGAUCACGCGGUCAUGAAGUCCUUGCUGGAGGUUGUCAAGGAGAUCAAGCCGACGGUGCUUAUCGGCGCGUCGGCAGCUGCCGGUGCUUUUACGCCGGAAGUGCUUCAAGAAAUGGCCAAGAACAACGAAAGACCCCUCAUAUUUGCGCUGAGCAAUCCGACGAGCAAAGCCGAGUGCACCGCUCAACAAGCUUACGAAAACACGGAGGGUCGUUGUGUAUUCUCGUCAGGAUCGCCGUUCGGGGAAGUGAACUACAACGGAAAAAUCUACAAGCCGGGACAAGGGAACAACGCUUAUAUAUUCCCAGGUGUAGCUUUGGGUGUGAUAGCUACGGGUUGUCACCACAUAACCGAGGAGCUGUUCCUCAUUUCCGCCCAGGUGGUAGCAGACCACGUUAAAGACGAGGAUUUGGAACUGGGAAGUCUGUAUCCGCCGUUGAGCUGCAUCAAGGAGUGUUCGAUCAUAAUUGCGAUAAAGAUUGCCGAAUACGCUUACAAAAAGGGUGGCCUAGCCAGCGAAUAUCCGGAGCCGAAAGACAUGCGAAAUUUUAUCGUUAGCAAAAUGUACGAUGCCUCAUACGACAGUCCUCUAGCAAAUAUGUACGACUGGCCCGGUGAUUCGGCCAAACCUCGAGUACUUCCGGAACAAAAAAAUACAAAAAUCCAUCAUGAUUUGAAACAUCUGUAACAAAAUCCGACUGCUGGACUAUAGUUUAAAUGACGAUUAUCAAUAUUAGCCGAUUAUUCGUUAUACAAAGGUUGGGUUCUCAUCGUAUUCGAUUACCCGAUUAUUGGCGUGCGAAUAAGCGUUCCUGCAUGAAUCAUGAAUGAGAUUCUAUACAAACGGACCACAUCCGAAUGAACCGUCUACCUGCACGUUCAAAGCAAGUUUACCUCGAGGAAAUUUUACCACAGUUAGUCCUAGUCAUAAUUUUGACAAAACUAGAAUUGAUGAAAAGAUGAUAAAUGGAUUUUUCGUGCUAACUUGGAACGUGAUGCAAUAACUAGCAACAAAAAAAGAAAAAAAAAAAAGAAAAAUUCCAUCAAAUAACGCCAAAUUCAUGUGAUCUUCACUUAUUAAUUCUAAUUCACAUAUAUUUUCAUCAAUCGCAUCAUAAUUUUACGAGUAUUAACGUCCAUCAAUAACGACUGAAGAUUUUAUUUUAUUUCUACGUAUCUUCAUUUCUUACCCACUUUGACACUCGAAAUCGAUGACCAAUCUCAAAUCCUUUUCUCGCCCCCUUAAUUUUCUCCCAACUUCAUCCCAGCUCUAAUCUUAAUACAUAACUUUUUUCAUCCCAUCCAUGUAUUGCUGAAAAAAGAAUUAACAGUAUACUAAAAAACCUCCUCGAGAGGUCGCAAAACUUUUUUAUCAUUUGAUUAAUAUAGACAGAGAAGCGAUCGAUGCAUGCUCCGCUUAAUUAGCCUGGCUAUCAUCUAUAGGUUGCAAAAAUUUUCUUUUGUAAGUAUUAUUACAACGUCCUUUAGUUCAAAUUUUCAAAAUGUAUAGAUAUGUUUAUGUAUUGUAUAUCUGUGUAUGCAUAAUUAAUAAUUGACAACUUAACGGACGUGUACGUAUUAUUUCAUAUACGUAUAGGUAUGUACGCGACAGCAUUAUUUAUAAAACAUUUUAGUCAGCUUCAAACGAAUGACCUAUAAUCCUUAACCCUGUGGCAUUGCACGGGGAAAAAGGAUAGACAAAUAAGUUAUAUAAUUAUUUAUUUAUUUAUCGCGUGACCAUUUUUUCUUGCAUAUGGUAUAAUACAAUACUUUCAACGAACAAAAUUACACCUUAACAAACAUUCGUACAUCCUCUCGUCGUUUUUCUAUGAAAAUACUGCCACACUUACGUAGUCAAGCAAUUUAAACGACAUCAUGUGUAUAAACUUGUAGAAUGAUUCGCUGCAAUUUUAUCUGCACACGAGUAUUCACUUCUUCUAAAUUCAAAAUUUCGUUCCUUCCUGACAGCCAGUUGAUUAUAUCAAGCAAUAUCUGAUUAGCCAUUUGAAAGAAAACUUAAAAUUUUUGCAACGCAAAAGAAUCAGUCAAACUGUGACACAGUUCUCAAUAACAAAACAUAGCAAACGCUGUAAGCAUUUUAUAAGUAAUCAAGGCUGUAUACAUACACAAUACUGUUGUGUUCAAUAUUCGACAGAUGUUAAUAAUUUAAAAAAAUAUUUUUGCAUCGUUUCUGAUAGCGAUAAACAAACCUUCGUCACGUUUUACUUUCGUUGCGAAUCACUUGGCCUAUGUAUCGAGUUAGAGAAAUCAUCGCAGUGUCUAUUUUUCAUAGUCAUAAUGCAAAUUAAAGUUUUUUCGUAGUUUAGACCAACCCCGUAAUAACUAACACCAUGCUGUGUUCUUGUUUUUUCCCUCAACAGAUUGUAAGGUGUUGGCGAUUCCAAAGACCGGAUGUCGUCACGUAUAAACCGUGUGACUAAUUUAAUAAACUAAAGAGCGAAAUUAAUAUUUUCGAAAAAAAUAACUAUACCCAUAUAGAUUGUUGGUACAACGGUAGAUACAAUAACAAUAGCUAACGAAUACAUAGAUUAUACGUACUCAAAAACACACACAUAUACAUAUAUAUAUACAUAUAUGUAUAUAUCAAUAUGUAUGUAUAUAUUCUUGUCAAGUGUCGGGUUCGUACGAAUGAUCGACACGUCGAUAUAAGCUAUCAUUAUUUAUUGUUGAUUUAGAAAAAGAAGUAACCCUUCCGCUGGUUACAAUAUUACUUAAAAAUGCAUUGCGAAAAUAAUUAUGAAACAAAGAAUUAGAAAGAAAAAAAAAACAACCACGAGCCUGGAGCCCAGUUGUAUUAAAGUUGCAAUCUUCGAUAUUUUCAUGCCUCGUUGAUUUCGAUGCCACGUGUUAAAAUAUUGAGUAAUAUAAAUUUUGUUAAGUAAAUAAUUUAAUAAAUAAAUGAGGAAGGAAAAAAUAUCUUCGUCAACGAAAGUAUAAUUUUUGCAUAAGGAUCUGAACCGACAAUUUCAAAAUACCUUUAUAUAAUAUUUGUAUAUAUAUUAUAUAUAUGCAUAUAUGUAUAUACAUAUAAUAUGUACAGUUGCUCUGGAGCAACUAUACAGGCAGAUGUGAUAACAUUUGUAACAGGAAAGCAAGAACGUAAACAAAAUAAAGAAAGGAUUGAUUUUUUUUUUUUUUUUGUUUCAAAUCGAAAAAAGUAAAAACAAACGUAAACCCCAGUAUUAUGUUGAUUGGAUGAGGAAUAAUUAGUUUAAUUAUCUUUAGUUGUUUUUUUUUUUUUUUCUUUUUUUUUCCAACGUGUAAAACAACAGUAUUCAUAUACGCUAUAAUGAUUGUAACAUUAUUAUACGAAUGACUUGUGUAAGUUAAAGUAAUGCAGAUAUAUUUUUGUCUAAAAUUGUUGAUUGGAAAUUUAUUGAAAAGCAAUUUCAUUGUGCUUCAUUGUAUAUCAUUGUGCGAUAUAAAUCGCGAUUGAAAUAACAGUAUUUUCUCUAAAACAUACGCAUAUUGUAACAACGCAAUAUCGUGUUAACGUACUGUAUUACAUUGUAAGUAUGUAACAACAUUAAUUUUAAUUGUCGGCCGUAUACUUGAAAAGCGAAGAAA